AGGCUAAAAGGAGCUCACCCCUCGGACACUCCCUCUUUUCCUCCUUGGCAGUAGCAGCUGCAAAAGCCGCAAAGACUGCCGCGGCGGCAGUGGCAGAGGAGAGCAGCACGCGUCCGGGAGACGGCCGCAGCGGGCUCCCGGGGGCACUCACCAGCCGACUGGAGCAGGAGCCGGUCUGAGGAUUCAAGAUUGGAGGGUUACACUUUGCCCGGGCCCGAGCAGCCACGCUGCCUAGCGCGACAGAGAAACCUUGGGGAUCAGGAACCGAAGGCACUGGUGGAGUUGAGCCGGAGCGCAAGGGGGCCCAUCCGGCUUUAUUUAUUGGCGCCUCUGGGAAAAGAAAGGACAGACAUCUACCCACCUCGCCACGUCCCUUACCAUGUUCAGCUGGGUGGUUACCGGGGCCGCGCUCUCCGUCUUACUGGGCUGUCUGCUUCUCACAGGAUCCAGUUCAGGGUCAAAAUUGAAAGGACCUGAACUAAGUUUAAAAGGCACACAAUAUGUCAUGCAAGCAGACCAGACAUUAUAUCUUAAGUGCAGGGGGGAAGUGGCCCAUUCAUGGUCUUUGCCUAAGACUGUGAGUAAAGAAAGCAAAAGACUGAGCAUCACCACAUCUGUAUGUGGGAGGAAUGGUAAACAGUUCUGCAGUACUCUGACCUUGGGCAGGGCGCAGGCCAAUCACACGGGCUACUAUAGCUGCAGAUACUUAUCGACACCUGUUUCAAAGAAAAAGAGAACAGAAUCUACAAUCUAUAUAUUUAUUAAUGACACAGGCAGUCCAUUUGUAGAGCCUCACAGUACCAUGCCUGAAACUGUCCAUAUGACCGAAGGACAGGAAAUGACUAUUCCAUGUCGAGUUUCAGCACCAGACGUCAGCGUUACAUUGAAAAAGUUUCAGAUUCCUGAUGUGAAGACCUUGACCCCUGAUGGGAAGACAAUAAUCUGGGACAGUAAGAGGGGUUUUAUUAUACCAAAGCCAACAUACAGAUUUAUAGGACUUCUGAUCUGUGAAACAACAGUCAAUGGCCAUUUGUACAGCACAAAUUAUCUAACAUAUCGACAAGACAACACAAUCAUUGAUGUCCAGUUAAGUACACCAAAUCCAAUCAAAUUACUGAAAGGUCAGACUCUUGCCCUCAAUUGUACUGUUACUGCUGCCUGGAACACAAGAGUUCGGAUGAUUUGGAAUUAUCCUGGUGAAGCAAAUAAUAGAGCAUCUAUAACUCCACGAUUUGAUACAAGUAAUUCCCAAGCCAAUGUAUUCUACAGCACUCUUAUAAUUGACAAAGUUCAAAGUAAAGACAAAGGACUUUAUACAUGUCAGGUGAAGAGCGGACCAUCCUUCAAAUCUGCUAACACUACAGUACAUAUAUAUGAAAAACCGUUCAUCACUGUGAAACAUCGAAAACAGCAGGUGCUUGAAGCGAUAGCUGGAAAGCGGUCCUAUCGGCUUUCCAUGAAAGUGAAGGCAUUUCCCUCGCCAGAGGUUGUAUGGUUAAAGAAUGGGUUACCUGCUGCUGAGAAAUGUGCUCGAUAUGUGGCCCACGGCUAUUCGCUAAUUAUCAAGGAUGUAGCAGAAGAGGAUGCGGGAGAUUAUACAAUCUUGCUAAGCCUAAAACAAGCAAAAAUAUUCAAAAAUCUAACAACCACUCUCAUUGUAAAUGUGAAACCCCAAAUCUAUGAAAAAGCCGUAUCAUCAUUUCCAGAUCCUAAUCUCUAUCCACUGGGUAGCCCGCAGAGCCUGACUUGCACUGUUUAUGGUGUUCCCCAACCUACAAUUAAGUGGAUUUGGCAUCCUUGUAGCCAAAACCAUUCCAAAGCAAGGUAUGACUUUUGCACUAACAAUGACAGAUCUUUCAACUUGGAUGCUGAUAGCACCAUUGGAAAUAGAAUCCAGACCAUCACUCAACGUAUGGCCAUAAUUGAAGGAAAGAAUAAGAUUGCAAGCACUCUGGUCCUGGCUGACACUAGAGCUUCUGGAAUCUAUAGCUGUGUGGCUUCCAAUAAAGUUGGACACGCCGAAAGAAAUAUUAGCUUUUAUGUCACAGAUGUGCCCAAUGGAUUUCAUGUUAACUUGGAAAAAAUGCCUGCUGAAGGGGAGGAUUUGAAAUUGUCCUGCACAGUCAGCAAAUUUUUAUACAGAGACAUUACUUGGAUUUUGCUUCGAACGGUGAACAAUCGAACAAUGCACCACAGCAUCAGUAAACAAAAAAUGGCCGUCACCAAGGAGUACUCGAUUACCCUCAAUCUCACCAUCAAGAACGUUUCCCUGGAAGAUUCAGGCACCUAUGCCUGUAGAGCCAGGAACAUUUAUACCGGGGAAGAAAUUCUUCAAAAGAAAGAAGUUACAAUUAGAGAUCAGGAAGCACCCUACCUCCUCCGUAACCUCAGUGAUCAGAUAGUGGCCAUCAGCAACUCUACCACUUUAGACUGUCAGGCAAAAGGUGUGCCAGAACCACAGAUAACCUGGUUUAAAAACAACCAUGAAAUACAGCAAGAGCCAGGUAUUAUUUUGGGACCAGGAAGCAGCACGUUGUUUAUUGAAAGAGUCACAGAAGAGGAUGAAGGCUUCUACCGCUGCAAAGCCACCAACCAGAAGGGCUCUGUCCAGAGCUCGGCAUACCUCACCGUACAAGGAAGCUCAGACAAAUCCAAUCUGGAGCUGAUCACUCUGACAUGUACCUGUGUGGCUGCAACGCUCUUCUGGCUCUUGUUAACUCUCUUUAUCCGAAAACUGAAAAGGACUUCUUCUGAAAUAAAGACAGAUUACCUUUCGAUUAUAAUGGAUCCAGAUGAAGUUCCUCUUGAUGAGCAAUGUGAUCGUCUACCCUAUGAUGCCAGCAAGUGGGAGUUUGCCAGAGAAAGACUUAAACUGGGAAAAUCACUUGGACGUGGAGCUUUUGGGAAAGUGGUCCAAGCAGCUGCAUUUGGCAUUAAGAAAUCACCCACGUGCCGGACAGUGGCUGUGAAAAUGCUGAAAGGGGCCACAGCCAGUGAAUACAAAGCUUUGAUGACUGAGCUUAAGAUCCUGACCCACAUUGGACACCAUCUGAAUGUGGUGAACCUGCUGGGAGCCUGCACCAAGCAUGGAGGUCCUCUCAUGGUGAUAGUUGAAUACUGCAAAUAUGGAAAUUUAUCCAACUAUCUCAAGAGCAAAAGAGAUUUCUUCUUUCUCAACAAGGUCUCUCUCAAGGAUGCAGCCUUACAGACGGAGCCCAAGAAAGAAAAGGAAUCUGAGCUUGAACAAGGCAAGAAACAAAGACUGGAUAGUGUCACUAGCAGCGAGAGCUUUGCGAGCUCCGGGUUUCAGGAAGAUAAAAGUCUGAGUGACGUUGAGGAGGAAGAGGAGGAUUCUGAUGAUUUCUACAAGCAGCCCAUCACCAUGGAAGAUCUCAUUUCGUACAGUUUUCAAGUGGCCAGAGGCAUGGAGUUCUUAUCUUCUAGAAAGUGCAUUCACCGAGAUCUGGCAGCCCGAAACAUCCUUUUAUCUGAAAACAAUGUAGUGAAGAUUUGUGACUUUGGCCUCGCUAGAGAUAUUUACAAGAAUCCUGAUUAUGUCAGAAAAGGAGAUACCCGGCUUCCCCUUAAAUGGAUGGCUCCUGAAUCCAUCUUUGACAAAAUUUAUAGCACAAAGAGUGAUGUGUGGUCCUAUGGGGUGCUACUAUGGGAAAUAUUCUCUUUAGGUGCUUCUCCGUACCCGGGAGUACAAAUCGAUGAAGAUUUCUGCAGCCGUCUGAAGGAAGGAACAAGAAUGAGAGCUCCAGAAUAUGCUACUUCUGAAAUCUAUCAAAUCAUGUUGGAUUGUUGGCAUAAGGACCCGAAAGAAAGGCCAAGAUUUUCUGAACUGGUGGAAAAACUAGGAGACUUGCUUCAAGCAAAUGUGCAAAAGGAUGGUAAAGACUAUAUCCCACUGAAUAAUAUACUGAAAGGAAAUAAUGGGUUUGCAUAUUCUACCCCUGCCUUCUCUGAAUCCUAUUUCAAAGAAGAUAAUUCAACUCCAAAAUUCAAUUCAGGAAGUUCUGAUGAUGUCAGAUAUGUAAAUGCUUUUAAAUUCACACACCCACAGAGAGUAAAAACCUUUGAAGAGCUUUCCCCAAAGGCCACCACAGUGUUUGAGGAUUACCAGGCAGAUAGUGGCAUGGUGCUGGCACCCCAAGAGCUGAAGCGCUUCACUUGGACAGAGAGCAAACCUAAGUCCACCUUGAUGUUUGGCUUAAAAGUGGCCAGCAGAAGCAAGGAGUCGGGCCUUUCUGAUCCGACCAGGCCUCGUUUCUGCCAUGCCAGCUGUGGCCAUGUCAAUGAAGUCAAUCGCAGGUUUACAUAUGACAACUCUGAGCUGGAAAGGAGGAUUUCCUGCUGCUCCCCUCCUCCGGACUACAAUUCCGUGGUUUUGUACUCCGAUCCACCGGUGUAAACCUUUAGCAUAAAUCAGUAUUGCAAGAAGCAAAUGCAUAUUUAUAUCUGAUAUAAAUUAGCUUUCCCCAGUGUAAUACACUUUUGUUUUAACCUCUUUCCUUUCCACAGGAGCCGUUUCUAAUUUUUUUUUAAGAGUGCUUUUCCAGACUAACAAAAAAAAAAAUGAGCAUGAACAUGUACAGAGGUAUUCUGACUAAAGCUUCCAGAUAGCUAGUAAAUGAUCUAAAUUAUUUCUGGGCCCAAAAGCAUAACCCUAUCCUCUUAGGCCCCUGGGGAGUCUAACAUCUGGCUCAUUUGGAUAAUCAAGGAAAAACAUUGAUUGUCUGGCGAAAGAAAUCAAAAGAGGCAGCAUGGUAUAAAGAGCACUGACUUGGAGUCAGGGCUUGGACCCAUAUUCUAGCUCUCUUACCUGUGAGACCUUGGGAAGGUUACUUAGAUCUUGGUUUCCUGAUCGAUAAUAUGAAGGGGUUGGAUUAGGUGAUUGCUAAAGCCUUAUCCAACUCUAAAUUCCAUUUUCCUAUUUUCUAGGAGACCAGUAAGUAGCUUUGUUUCUUGUUCUAAGGCUCUCUGGGUUCUAGAUCAACCUUUUAUCUGGAGGUCCAGCAGCAUUGAAAACCAAGAACAGCAUUUUUUAAAGCUCUGAGAGCCAACAGCAAGCUAAACAUUUACCAUGGGUACUUACCACAAGUAGAUUUAAGAUAUAAGAAUGGGAUACAGGAGAGGAGAGAAGACAGAAGAAAAGAGAGAUAGACAAAAGAAAGGAAAAGGCAAGAAAAGGAUAAGCAAAAGAGGUAUGUCUCUGUGGUGGGGAUUAGGAGAACGGCACAGCACUCACAUCAUGGGCAGAUUCUUCCUAACCUAAUAUAUCUUAGACUUGGACUAUGUAAGUAGAAAGAAUGAUGGAGUAAAAGAAAUAUUAUUCUUCCCUUCCUUCCUGGAAUCCAGGGAAAAAAAGACAUUCCUUGGAAAUGUUACUGUAAACCAUUCUCAUCCCAAGAAAUUUUCAUUGUGACAUUUGUACCAUUUAGCUGAUGAUUGUCUGUACUGCUAGCCUUAACGAAUCUCACUGAUCUGCCUUUCCUAUGCCCAGAGUUCUGGGUAUACCGUGCCAGGAUGGCUCCAGCUUUUGUACGUGGUUCACAUGGGGCGAUGACUGUCGGAUCUAAUGAAUGCUGGCUGUUGGACUCAGGGUCACAUUUUAGAUUUAUAAUGAUGAAUGUCAUUAUCAUUAGCAGUAUUUAUGUACAGGAGCUAAACUAUUUAUGUUACUUUUGUAUCGGAUUUUUGUAUAGUGAUUCAUAAAAGGAAGUUUAGAGUGAAGAUAUAGGCUUUUGGAGAGAGACUUGAUGACAGGAUCUUAAAAUUGGCAAAAUAAAGGCUGGGGAAAGGGGGGAAAUCUACUUCUGAAACCAAGUGCACUAAUACAUCUCCUACAAUAAGAUCAGGCAACAAGAAAGAUACCUACAUCCCUAUUUCAACUGAUUAACUGAUCUGAUAGGGAUUCCUUCCCUACUACAGGGAAUUCUGGAGAACAUGAACUAUAUAUUACCUAGUAAGCACUUUAAAAUCCUUGUAACAUAUAAUCCAUAAGGUCUUAUGUCAUCUAUGCAAGCCAUUAGAAUUAGGAGAGGUUGGCUAAUCAGCCACCUAGAGGAGGAAUGUCCACUUUUACUUUUUCUAUCCCUUGCCUUAAGUCAUUGGGCCUAAACACUGAGGGAUGAAGAGAGCCAUAAUGUCAAAAAGUGUUCAUUUUUAGGGCCUGGAGAUUUAGAGAGGUCUGACUUGAGCUAAAACCCAUAAAGAAAAAAUAAAGCUAAAAUGUAGUCAUGCUUGAAGAUGCCCAUGAAAAGCCAUGUACUUACCCACUGGGAUCUCUAACCAGAACCAGACAGACUAGUCAACAUUAUGGAAGUUGCUACUCUCUUUAGAACAAACUCCAUCUCGUUGUCCUCAAAUGUCUAAGUUGAAUGAGAAGGAUUUAUGCUUCUCUAUUUAACAUACUCAAAUUCCAUUUGCAUGGAAGAGGAAGGGACAAAGUACCAUUUAAAUGGGGACAUUCCCAAAAAGGAAAAUGGAAGCCCAAAGGUUAGUAGUGAGGCCUGAUGAUGCAGAUGUGCCAGAGAAGAAAUGAAGCAAAACAAAAGGAUCAGGGGCAGUACCUAUGAGAAGGUAAAACUGUGUCUUCUCUCUCCUUCACACUUCUUACAUAUCAUGGCUAACUAGAAGUACAAGUUAGACAGCCAGAAACGUCAGGAAAUACAACAGGAAUUUUAAAAAAAGACAAAACCCCAAUUCAAUUGUCUAAUCUUCCAAAUCACACAAAAACAAUAAUGUAGAAAAAUUAGGAGACCCAGCAACUCCAAACAAAGUCAAGCAGUAUCAUUUUGGAAUUAAAAUAGAAAAUUUCAUUUCAUGAUUAAUUGGGAGAUGAAAUGAUGCAGGUAAAGCAGGGAACACCUUAUCUGUUUGUACUUAGCUAGGGAAAAAAAUGCUAAUUACACAUCCAAAACAACACUUUGGCACUGAUUAAACAGAAUUGUGCUUGGUUUUUCAGUCUAUAAGAAUCUUGAACCAGAAGCCUAAUCUUUCUAAUACAUCUUUGAUCAACUAUAUGUAUAUAUAUAUAUUUAUAUGUAUAUGCUUUUUGUGCAUAAAUAUUUAAGGAAACUGGAAUUUUUAAGUUACUUUUAUACAAACUGAAUGUAUGCUGCAGAUAAUGAAUGAGUCUUGGUCAUGUCUUAUAUUUCUAGUCAUUUAACAAAAUGUAUUUUCUGU